GUCUAAAACACUAACAUGGGAUAUGUCUGUAUAAAAUUCAAUUGUUCUUCUGUUGUGGUGCACAGAGUCAGCCAAUGGAUAUAACCUUACAUGUAUACGCACUCAUUUUUCGGUGUCAGUGUUACAAAAACGUAUAUGAUCAAAUGAUGACUAAUUUCCUGUUUUUAGACAAACGGACAAGAUAUUUGACACGCUGUUAUGUCAGCUAUGUAUAAGAUUGACAUGAUCGAUUUUGAAAUGUUACAAUACAAGUAAUGGAAAAUAAGACGCUGGAAUGUAGGGAGCUGCUGAUAUUGAUAGUGUACAGAAAAAGAAUAUUCUAGUAAGAGUCUAUGGAAUAGUUAUGAGAGCGUUUCCUUCUCCUACUCGGUGGAUCAGAAAUGAAAUGGAAUUGCGGCUUCUCAUUUCGUUUUGUGUGUAAACUUAUAGACCUGUUGACCGCAGGCAUGGCGAGCGACUGGCGGACCGACAAGAGCUGGCGAGAGCGCUACAUGUACAUGUUCGAUGAAGGUAUCGGAUGUGACGUCACCUUCAUUUUGGGCGAGGGAAGACACGUGGCGGCUCACACGUUCGUUCUCAUCAGCCGCAGCGCCGUCUUCGAGGCCAUGUUCUGUGGCUCGAUGGCCGAGAAGAACACGCAGACGAAGACCAUAAAAAUUCCCGAUGUGGAAGUGGACAUCUUCAUGAAGUUUAUACGGUUCCUUUACAUAUCCGAAAUCGACAUUGAUGAAUUCAACACACUUCCGGUGCUCUAUGUCGCCCGGAAGUACUGCGUCGAGGACCUGGUAAAAAUCUGCGCGGACUAUUUGCACGAGAGGAUGACGCCAGACACCGUCUGUGAAAUUCUUGAGCAGGCGCACACUUACGAUAUCGAUGAUUUGAAAAACAUGUGCUUACAAUUCGUUUAUGAGAACGGUAAUUCUGUUCUUAUGUCCAGCGCGUUUAGUGAGCUAUGUUUUGACUGUGUUCAACAGAUUAUUAAGUCCAAUGAUCUGUUUGUGGAAGAGAGUGACGUAUACACGGCUCUGACGUCAUGGGCCACUAAGGAAUGUGCUAGACAAAAUCUGGAGUCGACCGGGCUGAAUAAACGUGGCGUUCUGGGGAAACUGUUGUACAAAAUCAGAUUUCCGACCAUGGAUCGACUGUUUUUCACCGACAUCGUAUCGACAGACGACAUUCUGACUAGUGAGGAGAAGGUUGCGAUCUUUCAACACAUGUUUGGUUCGUUUGCGAAGCACGAGUUGUCAUUCUCCGCCGUGAAACGAGAGGCGAGGCUUAUCAGAUGUCUUCGAUUUCCGAAGAACGAGCAAGGUGGGAUUAACUGCGAACCAGGUUUCAAAAAUUCGAAUUUCGGAAUAGAUGUUCGCAUUUCGGAUGACAUCAUGCUUCACGGCCUAAUUUUAUUUGGCGCGUGCUCGACUUCCAUCCAUUCUAGUUCAUCAGAUUCCGCCUUUCGAUCGAACAACCCAGCGAACGCACCAAUUACAGACCAGCACGUGAAAAUCAUUAUUUACGCCGUGCCGCACCAGUCAGAAACAUACACGUUCGAGUUUGACAGCAUCGACAUUCCGCAACAGGAAACUUACCAGAUCUUCAUUAAGGAACCAGUGUGGUUGAAGAAAGGUCGAAUGUACGCCAUACAGGUUAAACUGGAUCUAUUUCUCCCCUAUCAAACUUACAGCGGAAAUGGCGGAUUUUCCGAAGUCGAGACCGGAUCUAUUCGGUUCAGUUUUUUCACACAUCCGUCCCUGAUCGCCACCACGGCGGAAAAGGGACAGAUCGCCGGUCUUCUCUUCUCUAAACUUCCCGACCCCGACAGGAUGGAAGUUUCUCUGUCGCCAAGAGGCUCCCCGGUGAAAAGGGAGCUAAGUCAAAAAGAGGAAGGAAAACCGUUCUUUGUCAAGAAAGAGUUGUUUCCCUCUAGUUCAUAUUGAAAAUAUAACCCACGAGUGCUUUCAUUGUAUGUAAAAAGUUUUUUCUCAUUCAAUGUAGAUUUAAUUUACAGGAUAAAUGUCUUUGAUAAAAUGUUUAAUUAUAUUCCAGAGUUCUAUUUAUUUAUUUAAGUUUUUGAAUAUGUUAGUUAUCGUGUGCUCUCAAAUAUUUUCCAUUAAUUUACAAUUUCUUUACAUAAGUGUCAACAGUAUAGCAUUUGGUCGCUGCAGCCGUGACGAACAUUGUAAUCUAUUUAACGUACUAAUAUAUGCGCAUAUCAUAUUCAUGUAUAUCUAUGACGAUGCGUCUAUAAAUCGGUCGCUUUCCUAAUGGUUUGAAGGAUUUGAGUGCUUAUUUACGACUACACAUUUAUAAAACAGUCGAAGUUCUGAUCAGUUGAAUGAUCGAAUGCAUAUUUGUGACACAGUCGAUGUUCAGAUAAGAUGAAUGCAUUGAAUGUAUAUUUGUGACACACUCGAUGUUAAGAAUAGUUGAAUGAUUGAAUGUAUAUUUGUGACACAGUCGAUCUCCAGAUCAGUUGAAUGAUUGAAUGAAUAUUUGUGACACAGUCGAUGUUCUGAUUAGUCGAAUGAUUGAAUGUAUAUUUGUUACACAGUCGAUGUUCAGAUCAGUUGAAUGAUUGAAUGUAGAUUUGUGACACAGUCGAUGAUAGAUCAGUCGAAUGCCUUGAAUGCAUAUUUGUGACACAGUCGAUGUUAGAUCAGUCGAAUGCCUUGAGUGCAUAUUUGUGACACAGUUGAUGUUAGAUCAGUCGAAUACCUUGAAUGCAUAUUUGUGACACAGUCGAUGUUAGAUCAGUGGAAUGCCUUGAAUGCAUAUUUGUGACACAGUCGAUGUUAGAUCAGUCGAAUGCCUUGUAUGCAUAUUUGUGACACAGUCGAUGUUAGAUCAGUCGAAUGCCUUGAAUGCAUAUUUGUGACACAUUCGAUGUUAGAUCAGUCGAAUGCCUUGAGUGCAUAUUUGUGACACGGUCCAUGUUAGAUCAGUCGAAUGCCUUAAAUGCAUUUUUGUGACACAGUCGAUGUCCAGAUCAGUUGAAUGAUUGAAUGCAUAUUUGUGACUACACAUUUAAAAAUAGGUCAUCUCUAAGAUCUUUUAAAUGAUUUGUAUGCAUAUUUGUGACAACGCAUUUAUAAAUAGGUCAAAUCUCAGAUGUUUUGAAUGAUUUGAAUGCAUAUUUGUGACUACGUAUUUAUAAAUAGGUCAACUCUCAGAUCUAUUAAAUGAUUUGAUUACAUAUUUGUGACUACGCAUUUAUAAAUAGGUCAACUCUCAGAUCUUUUAAAUGAUUUGAAUGCAUAUUUGUGACUACGUAUUUAUAAAUAGGUCAACUCUCAGAUCUUUUAAAUGAUUUGAUUACAUAUUUGUGACUACGUAUUUAUAAAUAGGUCGACUCUCAGAUCUUUUAAAUGAUUUGAAUGCGUAUUUGUGACUACGCAUGUAUAAAUAGGUCAACUCUCAGAUCUUUUAAAUGAUUUGAAUGCGUAUUUGUGACAACAUAUUUAUAAGUAGGUCAACUCUCAGAUCUUUUAAAUGACUUGAAUGCGUAUUUGCGACUUAUAAAGAGGUCAACUUUCAGAUAUUUUAAAUGACUUGAAUGCGUAUUUGUGACAACAUAUUUAUAAGUAGGUCAACUCUCAGAUCUUUUAAAUGACUUGAAUGCGUAUUUGUGACUUAUAAAGAGGUCAACUCUCAGAUCUUUGAAAUGAUUUGAAUGCCUAUUUGUGACAACACAUUUAUAAAGAGGUCAGCUCUCAGAUAUUUUAAAUGACUUGAAUGCGUAUUUGUGACUUAUAAAGAGGUCAGCUCUCAGAUCUUUUAAAUGAUUUGAAUGCAUAUUUGUGAGUACUCAUGUAUAAAUCAGUCGCUUUCAACAUCUUUUGAAUGAUUUUACUUCAUGACAACGUUAUGUUACAGGUGUAUUUCAGACUGCCUUUUUAAGGGAACAUGAUUUUAUUGUUUUUAUGAUUUUGCGAUUUCAGACUACCAGAUUUAAUGGGGAAUAGUAUGUGUCCGAAAUAGAAGUGAAACCAUUAACAUUAUUACCGACUAUUUUGUUUUUAUUGCAAACUUUGUUAAUUUUCAUGUUAUUGUUUUAUAUAGUUAUACGCUUGUUUAGUUAGCGACGCAAUACCAUUUACUUGUGCGAAAUUUAUGUUUUCAUUUGUCAAUGCUGCUGUGGACAAUUUGUAUUUAAAUAUAUAUCAAGAGUAAGAAUGCGUCAACAUGAACUGUUUGGUAUUUGUUUGGUUAGAUAUUUAGAGUUUUAGCUGGGUUCUAAAAGGGACAGGGUGCUGCAGAAAAGGGACAGGAUGCUAAGGUUUAUGUGGAAGACUACUUUAACACAUCAUCCAAUGAUGAAAAAACGUUCUUAUAUAAAGCCGAUUAUUUUUCUUUAAAAAGCUUACCUACCAGAUUUUUGAAUAGGAUGUAACCCUAACCAAACCAUUAUUUGGCCUUAUUAAGUUUCAAUUGCCAAAUAUUUAAAAUAUGUUUGUAUGAGUUAAAAUCAUAUUUGAUUAUCGGAAGUAUUUAAUUCUAUGAAUGUAGCAGGAUGAACACGCUGGUCUCCAUGAGGGCAGUAGGAUGCUUCCAAAAAAGCACAAAUUGCAGCACCCUUACAUAACCCUUUAUCUUAAACCCUAGUUGUUCAUUUACGUUUUCUAUUCAUUGGGAAAUACUUGUUUGGCGUUGGUUUAGAAUAGCUGAUAUGUCAUGAUUAUACUCGCCCCCAUGCAGACGGAAGUCAAGCCUUUAUUUGAAUAAAAAUUGAAAAAUAA